CCCGUGAAAGUGCGUAUUAGAGAGUGCGCACAGGAGCGGGCGCUCGCACUCCAGCUCUGUCUGCGUUCAGUCAGUCCCAAGCGCUUCUGACCCUCGCUCCUCUCUGGACAUUUCUCUUUUGCAGCCGAGCAACCCAUAAGCAGCCAUGGAUGCCAUUAAGAAGAAGAUGCAGAUGCUCAAGCUCGACAAGGAGAACGCCUUGGACAGAGCUGAGCAGGCUGAGGGAGACAAAAAGGCAGCGGAGGACAGGAGCAAACAGGCUGAGGGUGAUGUAGCUUCCCUGAACAGACGUAUCCAGCUGGUUGAGGAGGAGUUGGAUCGCGCACAGGAGCGUUUGGCCACUGCCCUGCAGAAGCUGGAGGAGGCCGAGAAGGCUGCCGAUGAGAGCGAGAGAGGCAUGAAGGUCAUUGAGAACAGGGCUCUGAAGGAUGAGGAGAAGAUGGAGAUCCAGGAGAUCCAGCUCAAGGAGGCCAAACACAUUGCUGAGGAGGCCGACCGCAAAUAUGAGGAGGUGGCCCGUAAGCUGGUGAUCGUUGAGGCUGAACUGGAGCGCACAGAGGAGCGCGCUGAGCUGAAUGAGAGCAAAUGCGCUGAGCUUGAGGAAGAGUUGAAAACUGUGACCAACAACCUGAAGUCCCUGGAAGCCCAGGCUGAGAAGUACUCACAGAAAGAAGACAAAUACGAGGAGGAGAUCAAGGUCCUCACUGACAAACUAAAGGAGGCCGAGACCCGUGCCGAGUUCUCUGAGAGGUCAGUCGCCAAGCUUGAGAAGACCAUUGAUGACCUUGAAGAUGAGUUGUAUUCCCAGAAACUCAAAUACAAAGCCAUCAGCGAGGAGCUGGACCACGCUCUCAACGACAUGACUUCAAUGUAAUUCAUCUGCGGUCUCUGCCUGUGCCUGUGCCCCUCCCCCAUUACCCAUAAUCCCCCUCUCACCCGCUCUGAAUAAGGUCUUGUAUCUUCAGUUCACACACUAUAUGACUCAUUCUUCUGUUUAAAAACUCUAUCUCUAACUCUACAAUUCUUAUGGUUCCUGUACUGUUAUUUGAGGUAUUUGAAGUAUUUGCUUAUUGCAAAUUUGUCCAUGGGUGUUAAUGUUAAGGCCAUGGCUUGUAGAGUCAGUGUAUAGGAGUUUUGUGAUUUGAAUUCAUAACUAUUGUAUUACUUCAUUUGAAAUAAUAUUGUGAGAAAACAAAACUCCUAACUCUCAAAUGUUUGGUUCAAUUGUUGCUGGUCAGUACUAGGUCUGGGUGAUAUAGCUUUAAAAGUUAGUUUA